UAUAGUGUCAUUAUGGGUAAUACUAGAGUCAAAAGUGGAAAAUCUUUAGUGAAGCUUCUCUUAUCUCCAGGAGCACUCUUAUACAUACUAAUGAGCCUUCUUUCAGUUGUCAAAUGAGAUGAUAGGAUUCCAAAAUGCUCAUUUACUCAAUCUUGUAUCAGAGAUGCCUCACAAAAAGGAACUCCUUGUCCUGACCCUACAAAUACUGAAACCCCGAUUGCUCAAGUUGGCUUUCCAAAGAUGCCAACAACUUCAAUGAAAUAUUUAGCUGAAGCAUGUCCUUACAUGGUUGACCAAGAGCUUUGCUGCAAUGACGAUCAAAUACUUAAUAUGUAUAAUAACUUUAAGACUAUUGACUCUCUCUUCGGAAACUGACUAAUCUGCUCUAUUAACCUGAAGAGGUUCUGGUGUGAGUAUACCUGCAACCCCUAUCAAUUUUACUUCCUGGAAUCGCACGAUCAAAUCAGAGUUUCAGAUGUAGACUACCCAGUUCUGAACCAGACUAUGAGAAUUGACAAUGAAGUUGCAUGUGGAAUUUUCGAAUCUUGUAAGAAAAACCCAUUUGUGGCAACUCUCGCAAGUGGACAGUCAGCACCAGGGUUCUUAGAGUUUAUGGGAAGCAAUGCUGUUCAAACCGGAAAGGUCAAAAUAUCUUUCCAAUUCAGUAGUAAUCCUGAGGAAUCAAUGAUAAAGGAUAUGUACGCAUGCGAUAUGGAAGUCGGAGAUAAAUUAGAGGAUUAUGACGUUGCCAAUUGCACUUGCAAUUAUUGAGAGCAAGCCUGUAAGCCAAACGACAUAAAUGCCUUCCCUGCUUUCUUCGAUGGAUUUAGCAUUCUUGUUGUUGGACUUGUGUACUUAAGUCUCAUUAUCCUAUCCGUAAUCAUAUUCUUUAUCAAGAAGAAAUGGCAAAGUGAUGAAGAUGACGACGAUGAUGAUUUCUCAGAAGAUGACAAGCUAAGGAAAUAUAGUCAGAGUGAUAGCUCUUCUUGACAGGAUAGCGUAAAAAGACUUAUUAAUGAUAGCCAGCAACAUAAUGCCUCCUAUGGUAAAAUCAAUGCUUCUUCUGAUCCAACUGAUAGUAGAGUGCAAGACAGUCUGAUGAAAUAAAAUAACAAACACGUUACUAUGUCAAUAAUUUA